CAACGUUACAUCACUGAAUUGGGAGGGGAUUGCACGCGAACUACUUUCAUCGCCUUGAAAAAUGCUCGUAUCUUCUUCGACGCGCUGCAUGGGCAGCCGCAAAGCUGCCUCGCACAUGUACAUGCCAUCAUCCUGUCAAGUAAGCGCGUGGCGCAUCACUCGUCGCCGUGUGGCGGUGGAGGUGCGGGCAUCGUCAGCCGAGCCUGCCAGCGUCGAUCGACGCCUAGCCCUGGCCUUGGGCGCCGCAGCAGCGAUUAGCAUCAAUGGAUUAGCUACACCCAGUAGUGCUUCUGCUGAAGAGGAGCCAGUGGUAACCCAGAAAGUCUUCUUUGAUGUCUCUGUCGGCGGAAAACCUGCUGGCCGUAUCGUUAUGGGCCUCUAUGGCGAAGUCGUCCCUAAAACAGUCGACAACUUUGUUGCCCUUGCUACCGGCGAGAAGGGCUUCGGAUACAAGGGCUGCACCUUCCACCGCAUCAUUAAGAACUUCGUCAUUCAGGGAGGUGACUUUGAGCGCGGCAACGGCACGGGCGGCUACAGCAUUUACGGAAGGCGGUUCCCGGACGAGAACUUCAAACUGCUUCAUGCCCCCGGAGUGCUGUCCAUGGCAAAUGCAGGUCCCAACACCAACGGCAGCCAGUUUUUCAUCACCACGGUGGAUACCCCGUGGCUCAACGGUCGCCAUGUGGUCUUUGGACGGGUUCUGGAGGGCAUGGAUGUCGUACACAGCCUGGAGGACGUCCCGGUGGACCGGAGUGCCAGGCCGUCUCAACCCGUCGUCAUCGACAACUGCGGCCUUCUGGCCGCCUGAGCAUCGUCUCCUCCACCCCUACCCCAGCUAGCCAUCCCCUCCGUACCUGGACAUGGAGUACGAAGCUGGGGGCCUGAGGGAGAGGUGAAGUCCAAGUUGCAAAGCUGGGGCCCGCAUGUGUACGCCGUACAGUCGUACAGUCAUAGGUAGUUAGGUGUCGAAGAGUCUGCGGAUUUGUACGGCGGUCGGAGGGGCCGGGUGGUGGUCAGGAUCGCAGUUGAUGGGUGCGUCAGAUAGUUGUGUAGAUACAAACAUUCGUACAGACCCAGAUACGUACAUACAUACUCCGUACAAAUGGCCUGACGCGCCUGAUGGUCGUCAGGAUGGGAUAGUACGACUUGGUAGUUAAGUGGUUCGGAGCUGCCGGUAUUUAAAAAACAGCGAGGAGCGGCUGGCUAUUGGAAAUUGCCUGUCGUACAUCUAUCCGUCAAUCAAUCUGUUUGUCUGUAUCUGUAUCUAUCUGUGUCUGUCCCCCCCACGGUUCUCGAGUAAGCAUGCUUUCGUACAGCAGGUGGUUAGUUUAGUUUUGAAUGACAUCAGCAGUUUUGCGGGGAGCUUAAGUUUUGCAGUGCGCAUGUACGGCGUAAGCCUAUUUAGGAAAUUUGGUUGGGAGAUGCUUUGACAAGGAGGGAAAAGUGUUAGUCUUUGUGUUGCCAAAUGUGGCAACUUAGUGAUGGAUGGCGAAGGGGGCCCAAUAUGAGGAUGGUGAAUGAUGUAGAGUAGUGUCACCAGGUGGGGUAUGGGGAUUUGCUUUAGCACAGACAGGUGUUUGAAUGUACAGCUGAAUGGACGUACGAGCUCUCGACGCGAUAUACGGAAGUGGUUACGCAGGAAGAGAACUGUGCUCAUCGAUUUCGACCUGACCC